AAGUUGACGGUGUAUCCGGAUCCGGAAACAAAGGGCAAAGUGCAUUUCAAGAGCAUGGCUGGAACACCCACGAUCGUCCUGAUCGGCGACUCGAUCACACAGCAAGGUGCGAUUGCUAGUGCCAAUGGGUUCGUCUCGCUGCUGUGCCAAGACUACGUGCGCAAGGCCGACAUCCUCAACCGCGGCUGCAGCGGCUGGACGACGAGGUCGUGGCUGCCCAAGCUCGAGCUGCUGCGGACAGAGUGGGCACACCGAGCGCCUGCCCUCGUCGUGAUUUUCUUGGGCGCCAACGACGCAGCGCUUUCGGACGCGCGCGAUGCGCACCAGCACGUUCCACUGGACGAAUACCUGGCCAACUUGACAACGAUGGUUGAUACGCUGCGUGGCGCGAGUCCCGAAUCGCGCUUUUUGUUGAUCACGCCCGCAGCGAUUGAAGACGCCAAGUACGCGAGUCGUUCGAACGUCGAGGCGGGCAAGUACGCGGACGCCUGCAUUGCUGUCGGGCACGCGCUUGGCGUUCCCGUCCUCGAUGUGUGGCGCCCGAUGCAAGGCCGACCCGAGCUUCUUCGCGACGGUUUACACCUGAGCGUCGAUGGCAACACGUUGCUGUAUCGCUGGCUCACAUCGACCAUUUCGGAGCGAUUCCCCGACUUGACGCCGGACGCGCUCCCAAACGUCUUUCAAUAAGCCCACAUUUUUGAAUGCUGGCGAGCACGUCCCGUCUUAUGCUUAAGCUUGUGCUAACGUUAGCAGCGCACUGGUAGAACCAUGGCAGCUGCUCGCGCAUAGCGUGUCGUGGGUCCAUCUAUACG